UGAUAUUAUUGAUAUUAUUUUGCGCGCGUGCGAGUUCAAGUCUCGUGGCAGAUUUCAAAUUCUCCGAACAGCAGUCCACCGCCUUUCAACAGCAGACAUUUAUCAACAUUAUAAUAUAUACUAGGAUUGUAAAAUGGUACUGUUUCGGAGUAGAAACUCAGUACGAAACGAAGAUGUUAUACCAGAUAUAUCGGCUCCAAUACUUUUAAGAAUGACAGCUAUCAGAAACAGUAUGCGUGCAGAACAUCAAUUCAUUGGAGAUAAACACAGCAGUCUUUAUGGCAUACAACAAGCGGACGUCGGCUUGUGGAACAAGAACAUGGGACAAAGGUGGCGAAAGAUCCGACGUCGGUGUUCGUCGUUCAACGCGGGCACUGGCAAGGGCAAAUCGGUCGCCGCGGUGGACGGCCCGCUGUUGCCGCCGUCGCCGUCGUCGUCGGACGACUCGACCGCGUCGUUGUCGCCGCCGACGGCCGCGGCCACGGUGCAAGACAUGUUGCGCGCUCGUCUGAACAUGCUGAACAUCGGCAACAAGCGGCGGCCGCAGCUGCAGCUGUUCGGCAACGCGCGUCCGAAUAGCAUGGCCUCGGACACGUCCACGUUUUACGUGCCGUCGCCGCUGCUGCGGUCGGACGACGGCGCGUCCACCGGCCACGGCCGGUACGACGGCCACGCCGACACAGACGCCGCGGGCCCGUGUUCGCUGCCCGUCGCGUUCGACCUGUCCGCCGACCACCGACUGCUCCAACCCUCAUCGCUGUGCCGCGUCGCCGAGACGCCGUCGUCGUGCGGUUCGUCGGGCCGUGGGACCGCCGACGACGGCGCCGGCAGUGACCGGUCGUCCGUGUCGUACAGCGACCACGGUUACAACAGCAUCAUCAGCACAGCGACAGCCACCGGAUACGACGCCGAUCGACUCAGCUGCAGACCUCAUUCGUUCGCCGUCAGGCGGUCCGCUAAUAACGCACCUCGGCGACCAACGCGUUGCAGUGGUGACGACACCGACGACGGUUACAACGACGACGACGCCGACGACGACGACGACUAUUACAAUUGCAGUCUGCUGUUGCAGAACAAGCCUAAGAUGCGAUCGUGCCGGCGGUGGUCACAAGCCGACUCGCUCGCGUUGGACACGCCGCCACUGACGGCCAAAGCGUUCAGGAUUGGAGGUGCCGUGUCUACGCCAGGGCACGGCGGCGGUCGCCAGCGGUUCGGCGGCCCGUCGUCGCUGCAGCAGACCUAUACGCCGCCGCUGCGGCAGACCUACACGCCGCCACUGCAGCAACAGUUACCGUCCUUGCAGCCACAGUUACCGUCCCUGCAGCAACAGUUACCGUCCCUGCAGCAACAGUUGCCGCCCCGAUCGUCGCCGCCACCGCUGCCACCGCCGCCGCUGAUGCACAAACCACCGCCACCGCUACCGCCGCCGCCACCGCCGCCGCCAUCGUCGGAGAGGACCGUCGCCGAUCUUCCCGCCAUACCGGAAUCGUCGCAGUGGGACGAGCAACGCGGGCGCCACCGCCGCCGGACGCCAGAACAGCAGCAAUCCGACAGGCUGGAAAGGAACGGUUCGGCGAGGGUCAGUGGCAGGAACCCGUAUCGCACGUUCAACGGGAGGGCUGCGUCACCGGCCGGCGCCACGACCCUCGGUUCCGGCAACGGGGUCAAUGGCGUCGUCCCGGCGGGCCAUUGUCAACGCAACAACCCUCAGGGCGGAAAAAACGACAGCAAUUGUUUCUACACGUUGCCGCGGGGCGGCGGUAAGGACGCGUGUUUCACGAUAAUGACGGUCAAGUUCCAAAAAGGCCCAGGCCACAAGUGCUUGGGCUUUAGCAUCGUAGGAGGCACGGACUCGCCGAAAGGUACGAUGGGCAUCUACGUGAAAACCAUAUUUCCAAACGGACAAGCCGCCGAUGCAGAAACGUUGAAAGAAGGCGACGAAAUUCUAGCAGUCAACAACAAGCCGUUGCAUGGAUUAAGUCAUCGCGAAGCUAUAGCUGUGUUCAAAGAGAUCAAAUUGGGAGAAAUGGCAUUACACAUCGGUAGGAGGGUUCCGAAAAGAACUCGGGAAUCGGUCAAGUCGAUGCGAAGUCCUUGAAAAGAAGAAUAUUUAUCGAGAUUCUCAUUUCAACGGAUGAUGUUAUUAUUACUACUGUUUACUAUUAUCUAUUAUUACGUUUUGUACCUAUACCUAUAAUUUUAUUCUGAGUUAUAUAUAAUGUUUCAUCGUUUAACCAAUUAUUAUUAAUUUCUUAUUUUUACAUACUAUACGGGGUUGGCUACCGUGAUUUCUCGUUUUUCAACACUAACUCUGAGUUCAUAAUAUAAUAUUUUUUCAUGUGCCUAUUGUAUCUAUUUGAAAAGAGAGUAAAUAACGGAAACCACCCUAUGUAUAUAAUAUAUUAUUACUGUGUGUCUGUAUGCAUAUGAAUAUAAUAACUGUUACCAGUAUAUGUAAAUAAAUUAUUCACAACAA